CCGUUUCCUGGUGAGCAGCGACCAAUGGGAAGCCUGUCUGUGAGGUUUGUUGUUGUGCUGCUGCAGUCAGUGAUUUCUGUGAUUUCAGUGAUUUCUGUUUAACUGUGAUUAACGUUGUUAUUUUAGCGUUUUAAGACUUUAUAAUUCACCCAAAAUGAGCCAGUCUUUAAGAACUGACCUUGCGGCGGAUAAAUUGAAGCGUAAGAAGAGGAGAGAGCUCAGCCAGGAUCAGAAACAUGAAAUCAAAGAAGCGUUCGAGUUGUUCGACACCGACAAAGAUAAAGAAAUUGACUAUCACGAGCUGAAGGUGGCGAUGCGAGCUCUCGGCUUUGAGGUGAAGAAAGUGGAUGUUUUGAAGAUCCUUAAAGACUACGACAGAGAGGGAAACGGAAAAAUAACGUUUGAGGAUUUCAAUGAAGUUGUGACCGAUCGCAUCCUGGAGCGAGACCCGAAGGAGGAGAUCAUGAAGGCCUUCAAGCUGUUUGAUGACGACGAGUCGGGAAAGAUCAGUCUGAGGAACCUGAGACGAGUCGCUCGAGAACUCGGGGAGAACGUCAGCGAUGAGGAGCUGCGCAGCAUGAUCGACGAGUUUGACGCCGACGGAGACGGAGAAAUAAAUCAGGAGGAGUUCGUCUCCAUCAUGACCGGAGACUCCUGAUGAGGACUCUGAUCGGUUGUCCAUGUUGUGAAGAAGCUGAGUGACUGAACAUCUGUCGGUGUGUACAUGAAGGUAAACCGGUGUCGGCCUCCUCUGGAGGCUCUGACGUGGACCGGAUUACUCUUUGGCCUUUUGGUUCAUACUUGAUUCAUUACACGUGAGAGGAACCGGGCUUUCUGCCUCUAACAUCUAAACAGUUGUUGAUAUCAGGACGCUCUUUAAUCCACAUUCACUCCCAGUGUUGUCCACCUCUACCUGAUUCUGUCUUAAUAAAAAACUAAAUCACCUCUUAACAUUUCAGACGUCGAUGAAGCUGAUGUUGAUCAGUUGAUUUAUGAUGUUGAUUUAUCACUUUAUCAAUCUUUCUGUCACAUCCAAAUAAUCAAACUGUUCAUUCCUGAAGUGAUUUCAUCCUGUAGAGGACCAUCUUCACUGGUUCUAUUUACACUUUACACAACGGGAAUGUUUCAAUGUCUUAUUUAUUUUGUAUUAAAUAAAUCGGUUUGCCAGCAA